AUGGACAGUAAAAUGGAGAUUUUAGAAUUUAUAACUGGGCAGCUGAGCAUGGGUUCCUUGCCACUGGACCACGAGUUGAUAAAUAACAUCCAAGAGUUCGUGGCGAGUAACGAAGGCGAGCGCUCCGACCGCGCGUGGCUGGCGGUGCUGGCGCGCGUGCGCUGCGCCGCCCCCGCGCGCGCCGCCCCCGCGCGCGCCGCCGUGCCGCGCCCGCGUGUGCUGUGGCGCCUCGACGCCAUGCUCGACCAGUACGAGGACGCCAUCAGGCAAUUCUUCAACAUUCCUAAUCCGUCCACUCGGGAUAUCGAUGAAUUUUUCGAAUAUUUAGGAUCGAAAGUUGAAACCGAUACCGACGCCCGGGAUCGUAUCCGACCGUUUUUUCCGGCAUUAGUCGACUUGCAGCCGAGAUCGGCGGCAGCUAUGUUCAGUGAGAGCUGGUGCGAUUCAGUGGCUUCGAUUUUAAAGUUAGUAAGGGUAAACAAGAGAUUAGACUUUUGUGAGAGUCUUUUGGAAUCGGGGCGCCUUCGAGACGAGGCCGCGACGAUUUACCUAAAAGAUUUAAGCGUGUCGCGUCCCAAAGAUGUCAAAAGUAUUUUAGUAAAAAACCAAGGGAUCAUCAGACCGGAGGAUGCGCUUCGCAUCGUUCGAGAAGUGGGUGUCAAGGACGCGGAGCCGGCGUGCCUGGAGGCGACGGGCGACCAGGCCGGCGCUCUAGAGGCUCUCUUAGGGCUCAUAGCGUCGACCGACGACGAGGAAGACAGGACGGAACUGAUAAACGAGGCGAGCAGCCUCUGCCUGCGCGUGGGCCCCACGGUGCCGGCAGAGGUCGCCGCAGAGCUGUGGACGAGGCUACUGCGCAGCGUGGCGGCCGUGCCGCCGGCGCUGCUGUUCGAGGCGAUACAGUACCUGCCGCUGGAGGAGCUAGUGGUGCGCUCGUGCCGGUCCGUGGCGGUGGCGGGCGCGGUGGUGCGUGGCGGCGCGGCGCGGCGCGCGGCCUGGCGCGGCGCGGCGGCCGUGGCGCGGCGCGAGGCGCACGAGGCGCUGGCGCGCGCGCUGGUGGCAGCGCGGCGCGCGCUGGCUGUGCGCGGCGCGUGCGGCGGCUGCGGACGCGCGCUGGCCGCGCCGGGCGUGGCGGGCGUGCGCACCGCGCACUGCGCGCGCGCCUUCCACACGGACUGCGCGGUGGAGGCGACGUGCGCGUGCGGGCGGCGCGCGCCAGCGGACGCGCUGGCGCUGGCGCCCGCGCCGCCGCGGCGCGACCCGCCGCCGGCCCCGCACGACCUGCUCCUCCUGGCGCCGCCCAGACCCGACCUGGAAGGUGUCGUG